UUCAUUCAAAACUCGUUUUAGGCGUUGAAUUUGGAGGAAUUGUCGAAAUUGUCUCUUCUAAUAGUAUUAUAUCAGACAUUGAGAAUCAAAAACUUCAGCUAGUAAAUGACUCAAAUUUUCUGUUCCCUUUUGCUAACGAACAGAUUUCAGAUCAAUGUAAACAUUCAUCAUAUGCAUAUUGGUCUUGGGAAAAUUUAAGUCGUCAAUUAUCAUCAUUUUGUCCUACCAAUUUAAUUUCAUCGUCACAAUGGACCUAUGGUUUUAUUAGCAAUGCGAAGCAACCAUAUCUUUACCGACAAGACUCGUCUUCAAAAUACUACUAUGUUACUUUCUAUGAAGAUUAUCAAUCGUUAAAUGCUAAACUCGAUUAUAUAAAAAUUACUAAUUUAGCAGGAAUCGCGAUUGCAGACAUCACCAAAGAUUCGAAAGAUUUACAAUUGACAAACUUUAUUACGGGAAUUCCACCAAAUAAACCGGGAGGAAAUGGAACUACGGGUACCUCUCUACCUUCAUCAUCUACAUCUCCGCCCAAUAUAGGUGCAAUAGUGGGUGGUGUAAUAGGUUCUAUUAUUUUUGUUAGCGUAUUGGUAGCUGUUGGCAUCAUAUUGUAUCGAAGAAGACAUGGAACGAAAAUGUCUAAUCCACUUAUAAAUACAAAUAAUCAGACUUGCUCUGAUACAAAUCCUCAGGUUUAUUCUGAUAUAAAUCGUCAGGUUCAUCCAGAUACAAAUAAUCGGAUUUACUCAGAUACAAACCAUAAAGUCUUCUAA